AUGUACGUAGAUCCGACGCGAAACAAUAGGGUGACGAAGUUAGAUUUCGGCAACGCAAGAAGUGAGAUGAACACGAAUGAAGGCUCGGAUCACAGCCGAGACGUGGGCCUCGCAAACAGCAACGGCAACAGUCACAGCAACGGGACGGGCCAGACUGAGAUGCAAGAACUGCCCAGAAUGACGCCAUCACAGCUGCAUGGCUCGCUGGGACAACAUGGGGCCCUCCAACAUUCGAAUCUCCAGGGUCGUACAACGUCAGGGAAAUAUUCACUGGGAGACUUUCACAUCUUAAGGACGCUCGGAACGGGGUCGUUUGGACGCGUGCAUCUUGUGAGGUCGAACCACAACGGGCGCUUCUACGCGAUGAAAGUGUUAAAAAAACGCAUAAUCGUUAAGCUGAAGCAGGUCGAGCACACAAACGACGAACGACGCAUGUUGUCGCUGGUUGCGCAUCCAUUCAUCAUAAGAAUGUGGGGCACUUUUCAGGACGCAGAGCAAAUAUUCAUGAUCAUGGAUUACAUCGAGGGUGGUGAGUUGUUCUCGCUUCUGCGGAAAUCGCAACGGUUUCCCAACCCCGUUGCUAAGUUCUACGCCGCGGAGGUGUGUCUAGCUUUGGAGUAUCUGCAUUCGAAAGACAUAAUAUAUCGGGACUUGAAACCAGAGAACGUGUUACUUGACAAAAAUGGGCACAUAAAACUGACUGAUUUCGGGUUCGCCAAAUACGUCCCAGACGUUACUUACACGCUCUGUGGGACACCUGACUACAUCGCGCCUGAAGUCGUCAGCACAAAGCCUUAUAACAAAUCCGUGGACUGGUGGAGUUUUGGCAUCUUGAUCUACGAAAUGCUGGCAGGAUACACACCAUUUUACGACUCAAAUACGAUUAAGACCUACGAAAACAUUUUGAAUGCCGAAUUACAGUUCCCCUCUUUCUUUCAUGAGGACGUGAAGGACUUAUUGGGUAAACUCAUACAGAGAGAUCUCAGUAAACGCCUGGGAAAUUUACAAAACGACAGCGAGGAUGUUAAAAAUCAUCCUUGGUUCAGCGAAGUCGUGUGGGAAAAACUACUGUGCCGAAACAUAGAGACGCCGUAUGAGCCUCCUAUCCAACCGGGCCAGGGCGACACUUCACAAUUCGACAGAUACCCUGAAGAGGACGUUAGUUACGGUGGGGAGGGUCGCGAUCAAUAUCACGACCUGUUCAAGGAGUUUUAG